AUGGCUAAAAUCGCAAUUGUUAUCUACUCCCUCUACCACCACAUCGCCACUCUCGCCAAGGAAGUCGCCAAGGGUAUCGAGUCCGUUGGCUCCACCGCAGAUAUCUUGCAGGUUCCUGAAACUCUCAGCCCUGAACUUCUCAAGGUGCUCCACGCUCCUGAAAGACCAGACUUCCCAGCCGCCACUGUCGAGGCUUUGAAGGAAUACGACGGUAUCAUCUUUGGUAUUCCAACCAGAUACGGUAACUUCCCAUCUCAAUUGAAGGCUUUCAUUGAUGCUACUGGUGGACUGUGGGCUAGCGGUGCUCUGUACCACAAGACUGCUGGUGUCUUCGUUUCCACUGGUACUGGUGGAGGUAACGAGGUCACUGCAGUCAAUGCUUUGUCAACCUUUGCCCACCACGGUAUGAUUUACGUGCCAUUGGGCUACGCCAAGGUCUUCCCUGAACUCACCAACCUGAACGAGGUCCAUGGUGGUUCCGCUUGGGGUGCUGGUACCAUUGCUGGUGCUGACGGAUCUAGAAUUCCAACCGAGCUCGAGCUCAAGAUUGCUCGUAUCCAGGGACAAGAAUUUGCUACUGCCACAGAGAAACUCUCUAAAUAG